CAGGGCGGCUGGCUUCUUUCUCAGCUUACCCGGGCGGUGGGAGACUUCGGCUUCUGCGCGUCUGCGGAGGAGAGCUCCCAGAUGUCCUUUGAGGAGGUGGCCGUGUUCUUCACGGAGGAGGAAUGGGCUCUCCUGGAUCCAGGCCAAAGAAAACUCUACUGGGAAGUGAUGCAGGAAAACUACGAGACCCUGGCGUCUCUGGUUGCAGAUGUGAGGGAGAUGGCAAGUGAGAAGGAACGAGGAAAGGCAGUUGUGGAACAAAAUGAAGAUCUGGAGGGAGAAGCAAAACCGGGGGAUCAAGUGGUACUAAAGAAGCAGCAGAGAAGCAAAAAGGAAUCAGAACAGAAGCAGAGGAAGAAAUUGCUUGCCCAUUGCUUGAGCAGGAAGACAGCUGAGAUCCCAGGCCAUGAUGAAAUGCAGAAGAGAAAGAAAAGUCAUAAAGGUCCCAGGAAAGCCAAAACAUUGAGAUGCAAACUCAGACUUAAAAUAUGUCAGAACAUUUCAACAUGCUGGAAAACAUAUAAACACUUGGAAUGUGGAAAGACUUUUUUUCAGAAUAGUAAGCUGACUAAAAUUCAGAGGAUGCCCUCAAGCGAGAAGCGAUACAAAUGUUUGGAGUGUGGGAAGAGCUUUUCUUCCAAGAGCCUCCUAACUAGACACCAAAAGGUUCACACAGGGGAGAAGCCAUAUAAAUGCUUGGAUUGUGGGAAGAGCUUCUCUCAAACUGGCCACCUAACUAAACAUAGAAAGGUUCACACAGAGGAGAAGCCAUAUAAAUGCUUGGAGUGUGGGCAGCGCUUCUCUCGGAAUACCUACCUGACUAGCCAUCAAAAGGUUCACACAGGAGGGAAGCCAUAUAAAUGCUUGGAGUGUGGGAAGAGCUUCUCUUUCAAUAGCCUCCUAACUAGACACCAAAAGGUUCACACAGGGGAGAAGCCAUAUAAAUGCUUGGAGUGUGGGAAGGGCUUCUCUAGGAAUUAUGACCUCAGUAGCCAUCAAAAGGUUCACACAGGGGAGAAGCCAUAUAAAUGCUUGGACUGUGGGAAGAGUUUCUCUCGGAAUUACAUCCUAACUAUCCAUCAAAACGUUCACACAGGGGAGAAGCCAUAUAAAUGCUUGGAGUGUGGGAAGGGCUUCUCUGAGAAAGGUACCCUAAACAGCCAUCAAAAAGUUCACACAGGGGAGAAGCCGUAUAAGUGUUUGGAGUGUAGAAAGAGCUUCUCUGAGAAGAGCAGCCUAACUAGACAUCAAAAGUUUCACAGCGGGGAGAAGCCAUAUAAAUGUUUGGAGUGUGGGCAGCUCUUCUCUCAGAAUUGCCACCUGACUAGCCAUCAAAAGGUUCAUACAGGGGGGAAGCCAUAUAAAUGCUUGGAGUGUGGGAAGAGCUUCUCUUUCAAUAGCCGCUUAACUAGGCACCAAAUGAAUCACACAGGGGAGAAGCCAUAUAAAUGUUUGGAGUGUGGGAAGGGCUUCUCUGAGAAAGGUACUCUAAUGAGCCAUCAAAAGGUUCACACAGGGGAGAAGCCAUAUGAAUGCUUGGAAUGUGGGAAGUGUUUCUCUCAGAAAGGUUCCCUAACUGUCCAUCAAAAGGUUCACACAGGGGAGAAGCCAUAUAAAUGCUUGGAGUGUGGGAAGAGCUUCUCUCAGAAAGGCUCCCUAACUAGCCAUCAAAACAUUCACAUGGAGGAGAAGCCAUAUAAAUGCUGGGAGUGUGGAAAGAGCUUCUCUCAGAAAGGCUCCCUAACUAGCCAUGAAAAACUUCACACAGGGGAGAAGCCAUAUAAAUGUUUGGAGUGUGGAAAGAGCUUCUCUAUCAAUAGCUCCCUAACUACCCAUCAAAAGCUUCACACGGGGGAGAAGCCAUAUAAAUGCUUGGAGUGUGGGAAGAGCUUCUCUCAGAAAGCUUCCCUAACUAGCCAUCAUAAGGUUCACACAGGCGAGAAACCAUAUAAAUGCUUGGAGUGUGGGAAGAGCUUCUCACGUAGUGGUGACCUCACUAAACAUUAUGUGAUUCACACAGGGGAGAAGUCAUAUAAAUGCUUGGAAUGUGGGAAGAGCUUCUCUCAUAGUAGUGGCCUCGCUAAACAUCACAGGAUUCACACAGUAGAGAAGCCAUAUAAAUGCUUGGAAUGUGGGAAGAGCUUCUCUUAUAAAGGUACCCUAAUUAGACACCAAAAGGUUCACAUGGGGGAGAAGCCAUAUACAUGCCUGGAGUGUGGGAUGAACUUCUCUGAGAAUUGCCACCUAACUAGCCAUCAAAAGGUUCACACAGGGGAGAAGCCAUAUAAAUGCUUGGAGUGUGGGAAGAGCUUCUCUCAGAGCGGCUUCCUAACUAGCCAUCAAAAGCUUCACACAGGGGAGAAGCCAUAUAAAUGCUUAGAAUGUGGGAAGAGCUUCUCUUAUAAAGGUAACCUAACUAGCCAUCAAAAGCUUCACACAGGGGAGAAGCCAUAUAAAUGUUUGGAAUGUGGGAAGAGCUUCUCUCAUAAAGGUACUCUAAAUAGACAUCAAAAGGUUCGCACAGGGGAGAAGCCAUAUAAAUGCUUAGAAUGUGGAAAGAGCUUCUCUUAUAAAGGUACCCUAAUUAGACAUCAAAAGGUUCACACGGGGGAGAAGCCAUAUAAAUGCUUGGAAUGUGGGAAGAGCUUUUUGAAUAGUGGUGAUAUCAUUAAGCAUCACAGGAUUCACACAGGGGAGAAGCCAUAUAAAUGCCGGGAGUGUGGGAUGAAUUUCUCUCAAACUAGCAAUCUAACUAAACAUCAAAAGCUUCACACAGGGGAGAAGUCAUAUAAAUGCUUGGAGUGUGGGAAGAGCUUCUCUCAGAGCGACUCCCUAACUAGCCAUCAAAAGCUUCACACAGGGGAGAAGCCAUAUAAAUGUUUGGAAUGUGGGAAGAGCUUCUGUUAUAAAGGUACCCUAACUAGACAUCAAAAGCUUCACACAGGGGAGAAGCCAUAUAAAUGUUUGCAAUGUGGGAAGAGCUUCUCUUAUAAAGGUACCCUAACUAGACAUCAAAAGCUUCACACAGGGGAGAAGCCAUAUAAAUGUUUGCAAUGUGGGAAGAGCUUCUCUGAAUCUUACGUCCUAACUAGACAUGAAAAAGUUCACACGGGGGAGAAGCCAUAUAAAUGCUUGGAAUGUGGGAAGAGCUUUUCAGAUAGUGGUGGCAUCAUUAAGCAUCACAGGAUUCACACAGGGGAGAAGCCAUAUACAUGCCUGGAGUGUGGGAAGACAUUUUCAUUAAGUGGUGACCUCACUAAUCAUCACAGGAUUCACACAGGGGUGAAGCCAUAUACAUGCCUGGAGUGUGGGAAGAGCUUUUCAUUUAGUGGUGGCCUCAGUAAACAUCGCAGGAUUCACACAGGGGAGAAGCCAUAUACAUGCCUGGAGUGUGGAAAGAGAUUUUCGCUUAGUGGUGGCCUCAGUAAGCAUCACAGGAUUCACAUAGGGGGGAAGCCAUAUACAUGCUUGGAGUGUGGGAAGAGCUUCUCUGUGAAUGAUCACCUAACUAGCCAUCAAAAGGUGCACACAAAGGAGAAGCCAUAUAUGUGCUUGAAAUGAGGGAAGAGCUCUUGGAAUGACAACCUAACUAGACAUCAAAAGGUUCAGAUGGGGGAAAAGCCAUAGAAAUGUUUGGAGUCUGGGAAGAGUUUCUUUUUGAAUAGCCACCUAACUAGCCAUUGAAAGGUUCACAUGGGGAAGAAACCAUUGAAAUGCUUAGGACUUUGGGAAGAGCUUCUCGCAUAGUGGUGUCCUCACUAAACAUUACAGGA